AUGAUAAAAGAUUUUUGGGGAAUUGAUAAGCGAAAAGCUGAAGAAAUUAAUAUAAACCAAUUAUUUGGACCAAAUACUACUAAAGAACAGCGAGAAUUAGCAUGGGAAUUUGGCCAUAAUAAAAUUCUGCAUCUGGACGGAACUUUUGCAGCUGGAGGCGCACAAAAAGCUAGUAGUAGUUACAAUCAUACAAUUUUAAAGGAAUUAUUAUUAUAUUAUAAACAUAGAUUAGAGCAGGAAAAAGGAUAUAAAUUUACUCCAAAGGAUUCGGCCAUGUUUUCGGCAAGUUUCGACUACAUGUAUAGUUCAAAUCAAACCGUCUAA